CAUGAGGAGUUUAAAAAUGCAAAACUUGUUCAUUUCUGAUAUGGGAACCAAAAGAUAUGAUUUUUGAACAUUCAUUAAGCCGCCAUUUUGUUACUAUUUUUAGAAAUAAAAUGGCGGCUUCAUGAAUAUUCCAAAAAUGUACCUCUAAGGUGACCCUGAGUCCUAUCGUGCAGCAGCAACCUGCGCGUAAAAUCUCAAAUAAUAAUAAUUAUCCCAUUACGAGUGAGCAUUGGAAAAAUAGAAUAUCUGCAAAAAAAAAUUAUUCUCAUUUUCCCUGCAAAACCAUUAUAUUUUACUUUACAACGUGCGUGUAUAAAGGAGUGAAUAAGUCCCUUUAAACUACAGACUUCGAAUUUGCCACCAUCCUAUAUAUAUUUAGCAUCAAAAACGUGAUAUGUGAAUUUGGUUAAUGUAGUCCAAAUAAGGAGUUUGGUCAUCAGCAAGGGGCCAACUCUAAAGAUCAUACACACUUAACAUCCCAUUUCCCUUACCAAAAAAAAAAAAAUGACGAAGCUCACUUUUAGUUACAUGUAUUUUUUUUUUUUUGUUUGAUUGGUAACCAGGACAACCAUGACCAAAAUUUCAGACAUCGAGUGCUGAACGGUCGUAUGGACUUACGGCUACGCUGGAGAUUUCGGCCCCAACACCGCUAUCCCGAGAGGAAUUACACACUGAUCAGGAAGUUUGGCAGAAUCCUAAGGGAGAGGUUUUAAGAUAAGCUGGCAUUGCUUACAGUUAUGAAGAUGUUGUUUAUAAAGUUAAUGAUUUUAUUUUCCUUGGACAGCCUAUUACCAGAAGAAGUUGAAGCCUUGGUUGAUACUCGCCAUUCGGACAGGAAAGUCUUUCAGAUUCCAUCAGUUCAACGCUUGUUGAAUGGUCUGAACAGUGUCGUCGAGAAACCAGAUUCAACUGUAAGGACCAAACCUCGUCUAUAUAAUGACUUGCCAUGGAGAGGUUAUCAACGGCCUAUGGUACGUAAAGGAUCGAGUUAUUCAUGGCGUUUACAUGAUGAAGCAGACGGUGCUCUUCCAGCGACUUCAGACGAAAAAAAGGGCGAAUUCAAGUUCAACAAUAAUGGAGCUGUUGGUAAAGGAAAAUAUAUCAUAUCUAAAAAGGGCAUUGAUAUCAACGUCAAAAUGACCCUAAAAAGGAUAAAAACAGCUCCAACAACAGCUCCAACAACAGCUCCAACGACAGCUCCAACAACAGUCACUACACCGCCGACGAAACCUGCUGUUACAACCAAAACGCCUGCGACGAAGCCAACAUCAGCAAACAAUGCUACAACACCUACAACAGCAGCAGCAUCUACAACAGUAGCAACAGCGACAGCUACAACAGCAGCAACGACGGCUACAACAAUAGCAACAACGCCAGCCACAACAACAGUUACAACGCCGACCUCUAAGGCAACAGCCAGCACCACCCCAAAAUCAACUAAUAAUACGAAUUCAGAAGCAUGCCAAGAUUCGCCGUUUCAUAAAGAAGGCCUUGCAACACACAACAAGUAUCGAGCCAUUCACAACUCACCCGCAAUGAAACUCAACUGCAUCAUGAGUAAAGAAGCUGAAGAAUAUGCGCAGAAAUUGGCUGAUCUUGGCUCACUUGUACGGUCAGGGUACAGUGAAAGACCGGAGCAAGGAGAGAAUCUAUCCAUAGGAUGCAGUAACAGUAAGGCACAAAGUGCAAGCGAGGCAGUCAAGAACUGGUACGAUGAGGUUUGUAAGUACAAGUUCGCAGAAGAAGGUCCCCAGAAAGGCACCGAUCAUUUUACACAAGUCGUUUGGAAAGCAAGUCUUGAGUUGGGAAUAGGAAAAGCCCAGAAAGAUGAGAAUGGUAUGACCUGUACGUACAUGGUCGGUCGGUAUAAGCCUCAGGGAAACUUCGAUGACGGGAGCAGUGGAUACAAAGAUAAUGUUCUUAAAGGUUCCUUUGACGAAAGUUACUGCAACACAAUCAAAGAUGGCGCUGGUCUUGAUGGCGGCUCCAUCGGUGCAUGCCCGAAGAUGUUUCCAUACUGGAUGGUGCUACUCCUAAUGUCAGGGUUUGUCCUGGGUAUCUGUGAACCAUCUUCCAGACACAUUGCCAAAAAGAAAGACAUCCCGAGAGCUUUCUACUCCAAGCAAAUGGAUUCUAAUACAGGGAAAAAACACUUUGCUUUUCUGAAACGAAACAAAGUCUCGAUGUUUGACCGUGUAUCAGAUCAGCCAAUAAAACAGGGUAGUUUUAAAAUCGACGAUGGAAAAGUGAUUGGAGGAGGGAUUUACGAUAUAAACAAAGAUGGUGUCAGCAUCGAUCUUAAGAUAAAAAUAGCACCUGAUUAUAUCGAACCAAAGGCGCAACCUACUCCUGCAUCAACAACCGGUCAAACGCCUGGUGGCUCAAAGACAACUGCAGCUCCUGUAGCAUCAAAAGUAACGAGCCAAACAACAAGUAGUCCAGGGGUCACCACUGUUCCAGGGGCCUCAGAAGCAACCGCUGCCCCAGGUGGAGGAUCAGUAACAACCUCUGCUCCAACAGGCUCAAAUACAACAACACCAAGUUCUACAGGGACUACCGCUGCCCCAAGUGGUACAACACCGUCUUCAAGUACAGGCUCUGACAUUGAGAAAGAAGCGUUGGAAUUACACAAUAAAUUCAGAGCUGUUCACGACGCACCAGCAAUGACAUUGAACGCCCAGAUGUCUCAGUCCGCUGCUAGCUACGCCCAAACCCUAGCAAAUCUAGGAACUCUACAACACGCUUCUCAAGAAGAACGUGGUAAUAAUGGAGAGAAUCUUUCAUAUGGUUGUUCGUCUUCUACCGGACAGACCGCGACAGAAGCUGUAACUAACUGGUACAACGAGAUUUGUGACCCAGGGUAUACAUUUGGCUCUGAAAAUAUGGGUGGUGCCGGACAUUUCACCCAGUUGGUCUGGAAAGAGAGCGUGGAGCUUGGAUUUGGCAAGGCAGAUAGCGAACAAAAUGGAAUGAAGUGUACUUAUUAUGUAGCACGAUACAAGAAAGCAGGAAACAUGCAGGGGAGCUUUGCGAAAAAUGUUAUCAAAGGAAGCUUUGACCAAAGCUACUGUAGUACGAUUUAACUAAAAAUAAUCAUAAUGUACUGUACUAGCUACUUCUUAAACAAUAUGUUGAUGUGUAAUGGCUAAAUUUAGUUUUGGUUGAUUGUUACUUAAAUUAACAACCAGAAAUAAAUCGGACAAUCUAAUAAAGCAAAGUGACAAAACUUA